GCAAACAAAUCUCGCUGGAACACUCAAACGUCGGUAACGCAGACUCCAACGAAAGCCUCGAAGAAUCGUCGGCUGAAUUUCUCAACCAUUUCACCAGUACCGGCGAGCCGGUGGUGACCUCAAAGAAAACUGGCAUCCUACACCAUGAAUGAGAAAAAGACCAUCUUGCUUAGUGGAAGAAAAAGAGAAUGGAACCCAGCAUUUUGAAGGGAAGCUAGAAAGAAACCAUGCACGAUGAACAAGCUCUUACCCAACACAUUUCAUUGUCCAUUGUCAUCUCCUCAAUCUACUUGCACCAAGUCAUUCAAUGCAAUCAUCAACCGCCUCUCCCACGAAGGUGCCUACCACCAAAUCAUACUAACUUAUUCCUCCAUGCUAAAAGCCUCUGUUCCCCCUGACACCUUUACAUAUCCUAGCCUCCUCAAAGCAUGCACUUCCCUCAACCUCUUUCAUCUCGGUCUUUCUGUCCACCAACACGUGCUCGUCAAUGGGUUCUGUGCUGAUCCUUACAUUGCAUCGUCUUUGAUAACCUUUUAUUCUAAAUAUGGGUGCACUGGUAAAGCUCGCAAUGUGUUCGAUAAAAUGCGCGAGAAGAGUAUUGUUCCGUGCACAGCAAUUAUCGGGUGUUAUGCUCGGAACGGUGAUACUAACAAUGCACUCCUCUUGUAUAGCUCUAUGCAGCAGGAUAUGAUAAAGCCCAGUGCAGUUACUGUUUUGACGUUGUUGUCUGGAGUGACAGAGAGUGAUCUCGUGAGAUGUCUUCACUCUAGUAUUGUAAAAUAUGGUUUCACAUCUAACUUAGUCUUGAUGAAUUGCAUGUUAAGCCUGUACAGUAAAUGUGAAAGGGUUGACUGCGGAAGGGAAGUGUUUGAAUCCAUGCAUGAAAAGGAUGUUGUUUCCUGGAAUUCAUUGAUUUCUGGUUACAUUUUGAUGGGAAACACGAAUGAAAUACUAAGUCUUAUGCGUAGGAUGUGGUUUGAGGGUCUAGAUCCUGAUUCUCAAACAUACGGGUCGUUGGUUUCUGCAAUUUCAAAAGGGGGUAGUUUUGAAAUAGGAAGAUUGGCUCAUGGUCAGAUCAUAGCCCAUGGAUUUGAAUUAGAUGUACAUCUUGAAACAUCACUUAUAGUAAUGUAUCUUAAAUGUGGACAAUUGGAAUACGCGUUUCAUAUUUUUGAGAAAGCAAACAAUAAGGAUGCAGUUUUGUGGACAUCUGUUAUCUCAGGUCUUGUUCAAAACGAACAUCCACUAAAAGCAUUGGAAGUUUUCCGUUGGAUGCUAGAUUCAAGAACUAUACCAUCUACUAACACCUUAGCCAGUGUACUUGCUGCUUGUUCACAGUUGGGUUUAUUGAAAGUGGGAACUUCAAUACAUGGUCACAUAGUGAGGCAAAGAAUAGUGAUGGACUCUCCAGCCCAAAACUCUCUUGUCACUAUGUAUUCUAAAUGCGGCUUUUUAAAGCAAAGCCUUGCGAUUUUCAAUAUGAUAGAGAAAAAAGAUUUGGUGUCAUGGAAUGCCAUUGUUGCAGGGCAUGCUCAGAACGGAGAUUUGUCAACUGCUUUCCAUAUGUUCAAUGGAAUGAGAAUAACCCAUCAAAAACCUGACUCAAUAACCAUAGUUUCCCUUCUUCAAGCUUGUGCCUCGACGGGAGGUUUUCAGCAGGGGAAGUGGGUUCAUAACUUUGUUAUCAGGACCUGUCUUGGACCUUGCAUCAUGAUAGACACUGCUUUGGUUGAUAUGUACUGCAAGUGUGGUGAUAUGAAUACUGCCAAGAAGUGUUUUGACAAGAUGGAGGAACAUGAUUUGGUUUCUUGGAGCACAAUCAUUGCCGGUUAUGGCAGCCACGGAGAAGGAAAGAUUGCUCUGGAGUUGUACUCAAGGCUUGUGGAAAGUGGAACGGUACCAAACAGUGUCAUCUUCUUGACUAUUUUGUAUGCAUGUAGUCACAAUGGACUUGUUGAGCAAGGAAUGAACUUGUUCGAGUCCAUGAGGAAUGAUUUUGGAAUUGAGCCAGAAGUUGAACAUUGUGCUUGCGUAGUUGAUCUCCUUUGUCGAGCCGGUAGGGUUAGAGAUGCUUAUGGUUUUUAUAAAACAUGGUUCCCAAAUCCAAUGAUUGAUGUUUUAGGUAUACUGCUUGAUUCCUGUAGAGGAAAGAAGGGUUUGGUAGAUAUGGGGGAUCUUAUUGCCACAGAGAUAUCUGUGUUGGAACUUGAUGAUGCUGGGAAAUAUGUGCAACUGGCUCGUAGCUAUGCUUCGAAUACACAGUGGGAGAGGGUUGGUAAGGUGUGGCUCCAAAUGAAGAAUCUUGGCCUGAAAAAACUGCCAGGAUGGAGUUUUAUCGACUUGCAAGGAAAUAUCACAGCGUUUUUCAUGGGCCACAGUUCUCAUCCUGAACAUGAAAACAUCGUGUCUCUUUUAAACAUAUUGAGCAGGGAGAGCAGGGAGAUGGUUAUCAUGCCUGACCUUCAAUUAUGUGGCUGAUAUACUUUAACGAGAUACUGCGUCUAAAGCAAUACUCCGUAUUAUUUUCACGUCUGAGAAGGUGCUCCCGUCAAAAGCAAAAUUUAUGCACCAGUGACUGGAGGAAGAAAUUCUCAGCUGGACUAGGCCUAUCUAUGUUUGAAGCCAACAGGUGGAGUCUGAUGAAAAAAUUCUGACUGGCUAUCAUAAAUUAUACUCCCUCCGUCCCGCAAAAUUCUUCCCACUUUCCUUUUUGGACCGUCCCACAAAAUUCUUCCCACUUACCAUUUUUGGACAAUUUGUGUGGUUCACAUUCAUUUCACCUUUUUCUUACACAACCACAACCAUACAUUUCCACUUUGUUCCACUUUCUUAAUCUCCGUGCCAAGUCAAACUGGGAAGAAUUUUGUGGGACGGAGGGAGUAAAAAUAUGCCAGCAGGUAGAGUCUGAAAAUAUGCCAACAUGUGGAGUCUGAUGAAAAUAUGCAUAGCUAUUGCAGGAGGUCUUCUGGGAUGAUCAUAAAUUAUUAAAAUAUGCCAGCAGGUAAAUAUCGCAUUGAACCAGCUGGGUGUGUGAGCCUUGUCCAACAUGUUACUUCAAGCUGCCCUUACCUUGAAUUCUGUGGCCUUGUGACAAUUGGAAUGCCUGAUUAUAUAUCGACACAAGAGAAUUUUAAGACGUUGGCAAAUUGUAGAAGUGAGGUAUGCAAGACAAUUCAAAUAGCUGAAGAGCAAUGCGAGAUGUCCAUGGGCAUGUCUGGGGAUUUUGAACUUGCAGUAAAAUUCCGAUCAUCACCACGUCAGCCGGUUAGAUGCCAAUUGCCAACCGUGCAUCCCACGUGGAAAUCUACGGGGUCAAAUAGACCCCUGAACUAAAUAGACCAUUAAACCCGACAAAGUUGUUCAAUUUACCCCUCAACUGUUACAAAGUGUCCAAAUUGCGAUUAAAAAUAUGCAAUUAAAAAAAUAGAGAAAAUAAAAUUAAAUGAUAUACAAGUUCAUAAUAUAAAAUAUAGAUGUCUAUUUAUAAUAUAAUAAGACAUUUUUUAUAUUUCAGGUUAGAUUAUAUAUAUAUAUAUGUGUGUGUGUGGGGGGGUGUGGGGGGGGGGGGUGUGGGUGGGUGGUUGUGUGCGCGCGCGUUGCACGUGCGUGAUGAAAUUUUAUAAUUUUUAUAUAGUAUAAAAUUUUUAUGUUGCAUAUAAUUAGUAUAAAGUAUAGUACAUAGUAUAUAAUUCUAGAAUAAAAUAAUACGAAGUAUAUAUACAUAUAUGCAUGUGUGUGUAAUUUUAUAUAUAAAUCUAAAAAAUAUUAAAAAUAUAAAAAUAGUUUUAAUGAAUUUCUUUUAGUUUAAAUAUAAAUAUAUCCUUAUAUGAAUUUACUUUAAAUAUAAAUAUAUACUUAUUUUUUGUGGAAAAUUCACAUAAAACAAAACAAAACAAAUUCACUAAAUUUUUUUAAUAUUUUAAAUCCAUUUAAAAAAUCAACUAUACAUUUCUUUACAAAUUAAUAUUAAAUUUUGUAUUUUUUGUAUUAUUUUCCUUAUAUUUUUUAUAUAUUUAAUUUACCCUAAAAUAUAAAUAAUUUAUUGUCAUAUUAUAAAUAGACUUAUAUAUUUUAUAUUAUGAACAUGUAUAUUAUUUUUAUUUUUAUUUUCUAUUUUUUUUAAUGGCAAUUGGACACUUUUUAACAAUUGAGGGGUAAAUUGAACAACUUUAUCAGGUUCAGGGGUCUAUUUGACCCCUUAGAUUUCCACGUGAGAUGUACGGUUGACAUCUAACCGGCCGACGUGGCAAUGACUGGAAACUCACCUGUAAAAAAUGGGAUUUGAAGUUUUUUGUCGUAUUCAAGGAGUAAAUUAGAGCUUUUUUUAGUUCAAGACGUGAAUUAAGCAUGCCGAACAGGCCCUGAACAUGUUAGUCCUUUGCUAUGUGCAUACUUUGAAGUAGUCGGUUUUUACAACUCGUCUUUCUGGCUACUGCACAUUAAAAUGGGAAGUACAAAUGUCAGAAUUGGAUCGAUGAUAUCGAGCUAUGGACUAUUCGAAGCAAUGAAUUCUUAAUGUUAUUGUCCUUUUGGUAGCCAUGUAUAAGUAGAAUAAGCGGGUUGGUUUGCAACAAUUUAAAAAAACCACUACCAAUUUUUUAAUUUUCUCGACUUUCGUGUCAAAAAUGUUUUCCCCCUUUUAUACACCAAAAGCACUUAUUUUACCAAACAUUAUCAACUUUUACUUUUCAAAAUCACAUUUUUUCCAAACACUAUCAACUUUUACAACUAAUCACUUUUUUCAAAUCACUGAACCCGGUCACCCGGCUUCAAAUCCGGUUCGGUUAUCGUUUAACCCGUUAAUUGAUGAAACUCGGAAAAACCCAAUGACCCGUGUAGAACCAGCCCGCACCCGGAACCGCAGAAACCCAGUUUUUUUCCAAAACCCAGACAUUGGGACGAAAUGGCGUAUGCUGGACUCGAACCUGCGCCACCGGGGUAGCAUUUUGGCUUUCAUUCCACUUGACCAGCUUCCUUUUUUGGCAAGAUGUGUAG